GAACAUCCCGGAUAUCGCGUUUUAGGAAGUUUAGUUAGUCAUAUCAGAGGCUCUGGUCAUAUGACAGCAAAGCAGCGAGCGGUGUGAUAACUACAAGAGAAUGGUUUUCCGUGAUCUGAACUGAACACACGGGGAGGAAAAGAAUGAAUUUGUUGUGCAAAUAAGAAACGGGAGGACUUUUUUGCUCCACAUGUGAAAGAGAAGAGUAUGGAGAAUGAUGAAUUUCCGUCAGCGGAUGGGCUGGAUCGGAGUGGGACUUUACCUGCUAGCCAGUGUGGCUGCUGUGUAUUAUGUGUUUGAGAUCAACCAGACUUAUAAUCACCUCACACUGGCUCUUGUGGAGAAGGCACCAGUGGUUCAAACCCCUCUGCCAGGGGACCAUGCGGGGGUGGCUACCCCAGGGUCCUCAUCCUCCUCGGUCCCAUGGCUCCAGAGUUUGAAGACCCGUCUGCUGCUCCUGCCGUUCUGGGUGUGGGCUGUCCUCUUCCUGCUCCCCUACAUCCAGGUGUUCCUCUUCCUGUACUCUUGCACCCGCGCUGACCCCAAGACAGUGGGCUACUGCAUUCUGCCCAUAUGCAUUGCAGUGCUGUGCAAUCGUCACCAAACUUUCACCAAGGCAUCCAAUCAGAUCAGCAGACUGCAGCUGAUUGACACCUAAGAGGCUCACUGAUGGGGGGGCGCGGGCGCUGAGAGAAUCAUGACACUGAGGGAAUCAUAUCAUGACACUGAAGCGCUGAUGGUAGUGACAUUGGACAGGUAGAUGCGUUGCCGGUGUAUUUAUCAGCAAGCUUCUGUGCAACACUGCACAUUUUGUAGGGGUUCAGUGUAACACUCCUUAUGCACUGGUUCAGUGUGUUGGGGAGACAUUUUCUGUGGUGGGGUUAUUUUUAUGUGGGGGUUAUGUUAUGUUUUAGGAUCUCUAAACACUGUCAAGUGAUUUCACUCUUUUGUAUAUGUUUCUGAUUCAUAUUCCGAACAGAGACUGCACCAAACUGGAUAGUGUUCUUCGUCUGGUGUAGAUACUGAGUCAGUGGAACAAAGCUAUGGCUGCUGUUCACUUUAGAACAAGGACUCUUCACUGUUUUUUUUUUUUUUAUAUAUAUAAAAUGUGUCUUUUUGAAAAGUUUGGCAUACAGGUUAAUCUGGUACAUCUGAUUUAAGGUACAGAAUUACAUAUUUAUAUGAUUAAUAAUUGCAACAAAACAACUUUUUACUGAAGUUAUGUUUUGCUGGUGUAUUUUUCAAAUUCUUUGUGUGAUGCUGAUAGAAUUGUUCCACACAUCUGAAUGUUUUCAAUACAUUUCCCUCCCCAGCUGGCUUGGUUAACAGCACAAGCAUCUCUUCAGCGGUGAAAGCCAGAUUGGAACAUCAAAGCAUUCAGUUCCUAGUGAAUGUUCAGUAUUAUGUGUUGACCCUUUCUUUAGGGGUGGUCCUAUAGUAGUGAACACUGUGAUAAUCAUCAAUAAUCAUUCAAUGCCAGAGUUAGUAUCAGUUGCUUUCAGAAAUUAAUUUGACUGGAUGUUUUCAGCACCUUGCAUUACAUACCAUGUGUGCCAUUUUAACAAGAUUAUAAAUUAUUGAGUAUAUUUAAGAGGUUUUUCUAUUUUAUUUGAUUUUUUGUAGUGUAGAAAUUAGGAUUCCCAGAGUCCAUAGGGGUUUAUGGUUAAUCAAAAUUGUGACAUAUGAAGAAAACCUAUAAAUACCCAUUUAUACUUUCCCAAUUGGUUUUAAAAUAUGUUGCCUUCUCAACUGAAUCUUUGUAAGAAUGUUCUGGGUGAUUGUAUCAUUUUACUUGAGAUGUGUAUUGAAAAGGCAACCAAUAAGAAAGAAUACUCAUGCAAACAACGUAUGUGAAGGGAUCCAUGUGUUUCCUCUUUAUUUUUUACAUGGAUGUCCUAUGAAUGAAAGCCAAAGGCAGUGUUCUAUUAAGGAAUUGUUUGGAAAUAGUCAUGUCUAGCAGUUAAGCCAGUUAGCAAUUUUAAGUUAGAGUUUAAACAGCAUCUUUAUCUGGGGAACAGAACAAACCUUUAAUUUACACCGUUUCACAAAAGUGGCAACGAUUGUAUUUAUGUUUUCUUAAUGGUGUUAUGAAAACAGAGAGCUAUUUGGAGUGCAUCAUCUGUCACUUCCUUUAGCACUGGGUGUUCGGAAUGGGUCGUUGCCACCUUAAGCAUGUUCAUCUGUUCUGAUUUCUGUGAGCUUUCGCUCAUGAGCACACAUUGUGGUGAGACACAAAAUACACAUUUCAAAUCCUACAGAAUGAGUGUUAUAAAAAAGGAACAUUAGCCCUCUGUGACAGUUCUUUCCUAAUUAUCCACCUGCCUGCUGUUGCUCAAAAUGGCCUUUUAGGUGUGCCGCUAGAAGCUUCAUGGGCAUCGUCAGCUGACUGACAGUGUAGCUGUUUCUCUGUGUGUGACUUAGUAUAUCUAUUAACCCUUCUCCCUAUGUCAGUUGUGACCACAGAAUGCAGCUACAGUGUCAUUGUUGUUAAUGCCAAAUACCCUUUUCCCUCUGCCUCUCAACAGUAGGAUAACAUUUUUGUCUUGUGUUGUCUUUCUGGGGAUGAUCUCAUUUGAUUCUAAAUGUUUUAAAAGAAAAUAUUUUUUUCUAAAAGUCUGGUGUUGUCUCUUAAGGGCUUUUUUGUGUGUACAUUUGUAAUAUGUGUACAUUUAUGUUGGGACAUUUGAACUGCCUUUCUGAUCUAAAUGCACUGUGAUUAAAGUCUGGAUUUGGAAAAAUA